UCUCUUUUCAUCCACAUUAUAUAUACACAUUGAGAAAGUGAGGCAUUCUUUACAUUACUAGCUGCUCCCACCAAAUUCUCCGAAAAAUUUGGAGCACUUGUGUGUUCAGCUACAAAUUUAGCUCUAGCUAAGAAUGGCUUCUCACCGUGCAGCUGAAUACGAUUCCCUGAACUCAACACCACGGUCAUCAGACCUCCAGGACCCUCGAGUCCGUUUCAUGUGCAGCUUUGGUGGCAAAAUCUUGCCCCGCCCCCACGAUGAUCAACUCCGUUAUGUUGGUGGAGACACUCGUAUAGUUGCCAUCAACAGGCACACCACCUUCUCAUCUUUACUCGAAAAGCUGGCCAAGUUUUCAGGUACAACAAGUAUUAGCAUGAAGUACCAGCUCCCGAAUGAAGAUCUUGAUGCGCUUAUUACAAUAACGAAUGACGAAGAUAUCGAGAACAUGAUGGAUGAGUACGACAGAUUAGUACAAAACAAUCCGCCUCACUCCAAGUUGGCUCGGCUUCGAAUCUUCUUAUUUCCAACUGAUGUCGAUUCGAGGAAUAGUAGCAUAAGCUCGCUAAGCUCACUCCUUAAUGGUUCUAUUAAAAGGGAGCAUUGGUUUUUUGAUGCUUUAAAUGGAAGGCCCGGAUCAGGUCUGUAUCGACUUGGAUCCGAGGCCUCGUCGAUUGUAUCCGAAGUCCCGGAGUAUCUCUUCGGGAUUGAAAAUUCGGAUGAACAGUCUCGUGAGUCCAAGUCCAGGACGAGGCGUGUUCUAAAUGAUAACGCCUCGGAUCCAGGUUCUCCUGCUCCAGUUGCAUCACCGUUUUGCUCCACUUCUUCGGGCCUGGGACCGACUUACAUGCCACCGGUUCCUGAUCUUCAACCGGUUAAGACCAAGCCUGAAAUCCCAGUUUCUGAACCGAAGCAGGGUUCGGUUCAAGAGGUCACCGAAACUAUCGACCCGAAGUUUGUACAACAGGGCUAUGGUGAUAACUCAAUGUGGCAUUAUGGACCAGGUGGCCAGUAUCUGAACCCGGGAGUACAAAACAUGCCGGUUUAUUACCUCCCGGGUUCAGUCCCACCACCCGGAACAGUUGGCCUACAACAGGUUCCAAUGCAGGCACAAUUUGUACAAAGAUAUUCAGUAGGCCAUAAUCAAAUCCCCGUGGGACUGCAUCAGCAAGUUCCAGGCAUGAAUCAGGUGUACGCUAGAGAAAGGAAUCCAUAUGAUAUUCGAAGAACUCCUAGUGGAGUUAGCCAACAUGAAGUUUACUAUGAAGUUGGAAAUGCAGGCACAGUUCCAAUGUAUUCAAGAAUGGUAGCUCCAGGUGGUGAAGAGAUCGAAGGAUCAGGAAAUGAAUACAAUACCGGUCGGGUACUAUAGUGAUUGCCUAUUAAGUUUAUUGUUGUUUAAGUAUCGGUUUUCUGUAAGUUAUUAAUGAUGGACUACAUAAAACACUCCUGUACAGAGUGGGAUUGGAUUGUUAAUUCUGCAGUCAAAAUGUAAAUGCAUAUUAUGUAUGUUCUGGUUUGGUUCAAUUCCUUUUACAUUUGUACAUUUUUUGAACUGUUAUAGUCAUAUCCGCGGCUUUGAUA